AUUAUGGAAACACAUAAUUUAACCUUUAUCUCAGAAUUCCAUCUCACUGGUUUCUCAGAGGACCCAGAACUGCAGCCCAUCCUCUUUGGACUGUUCCUGUCCAUAUACCUGGUCACAGUGCUCGGGAACCUGCUCAUCAUCCUGGCUGUCAUCUCUGACUCCCACCUCCACACACCCAUGUACUUCUUUCUCUCCAACCUGUCUAUUGUUGACAUCUGUUUCAUCUCCACCACAGUCCCAAAGAUGAUUGUGGACAUCAUAACUCAGACCAGAAUCAUCUCUUAUAUGGGAUGCCUGACACAGAUGUCUCUUUUUAUCAUAUUUAUAUGCAUGGAUGACAUGCUUCUGACUGUGAUGGCCUAUGACCGGUUUGUGGCCAUCUGCCAUCCCCUGCACUAUGCAGUCAUUAUGAAUCCUCGCCUCUGUGUCUGGUUACUUUUGCUUUCUGUCUUUAUCAGCCUUUUUGAUUCCCAGCUACACAACUUAAUUGCCUUACAAUUUACCUGCUUCAGGGAUGUAAAAAUUGCUAAUUUCUUCUGUCAUCCUUCUCAAGUCUUUAGCCUUUCAUGUUCUGACGCUUUAAUCAAAACUAUGGUCACAUAUUUUGUUGGUGCCAUAUUUGGCUUAUUUCCCAUGUUAGGGAUUCUUUUCUCUUACUAUAAAAUUGUUUCUUCCAUUCUCAAAAUGCCAUCAUCUAGUGGGAGGUACAAGGCCUUUUCUACAUGUAGUUCUCAUCUGUCAAUUGUUUGCUUAUUUUAUGGGACAGGAACUGGGACUUACAUUGGUUCAGCUGUGUCAUAUUCUCCCAGCAAGGGAAUGGUGGCUUCAUUGAUGUACACUGCGGUCACCCCUAUGCUGAAUCCCUUCAUCUACAGUCUGAGGAACAGGGACAUCAGCAACACCCUAAAGAGGCUCCACAGUUGGAGAGUUUAA